AUGGCGAUGGGUGUGUGUGCAGUGCUGAGUGUGUGUGUCGGUGUGUGCGUGGCGUUUAACGUCGACACGUCGUUCCCGGUGCUGAAGACGGGCGAGGCUGGCAGUCUGUUUGGGUUCUCUGUGGCUCUGCACGAGGACCUGAAGACCAGAGGUCACCUCCUGUUCAUCGGAGCGCCCAGAGCGAGGGCGGAGCCUAAUGUCCCAGCCAAUCGAACUGGAGGAGUUUACCGCUGCUCAGUCACUUCUGACCCAUCAGACUGCACAAGGAUAAAGCUCAUAUAUCCAGAAAUGAACAUUGCUGAGGACCUGAUGGAGGACAUGUGGCUGGGCGUGUCCGUGUUCAGUCAGGGCCGGCCUGGUGGGAGGGUUCUGGCUUGUGGUCAUCGGUUCAUUAAACUGUCUGGGGUGUUCAGAUACCAGCGGAUGAUUGGUCAAUGUUAUCUCAGAGGCAAUGACCAGCUCUAUGACGAUGACGACGACAUGAGCUGGCAGAAAACAGAGCAGACUUGCCAUCACAAGGACAACGAAGUUGUUGAGGGCAUGUGUAACAUGGGAAUCUCCGCCUUCAUGAGCGAGACGGAAAUCAUCGUCGGCUCACCUGGAAGCUACGAGUGGCAAGGAAAUGUGCACGUCCUCAAGAAGAACCCAUACAUUGAUUCGUACGAGAAGCAGAGCCAGUUGACCGCGCUGCAGCGUAGGAACAUUUAUAUAGGAUACUCAGUGACUCAGGCUCGUCGUCUUCUGUCUGACGUUGAUGACACCAUAGUAACAGGAGCUCCCCGGGACAGUAAAGACGAUGCUCGUGGCUCCGUGCUGCUGGUGGUCCAACAAUCCAGGAGUCUGGUGACUAAACAGACUCUGCGAGGUCAGCAGGUGGGUUCGUACUUUGGUAACGCUGUGGCAACCCUUGACCUGGACAAUGACGGCUGGAACGACCUGCUAGUGAGCGCUCCUUUUUACUUCAGUCAUCAGCCGGAGGCAGGUGGAGCAGUUUACGUCUUUAUGAAUGCUGGGGGGAAGCUGAACUCUGAACCCAGUGUGGUUCUGACGGGCCCUGUUGGAUCUGCUUUUGGUAUGGCAGUGACCGCUGCUGGAGACCUGAACCAGGACGGGUUUCAGGACUUCGCAGUGGGAGCUCCUUUCCAUGGCUCAGGAAGUGUGAUGAUCUGGACCGGGAGCAACAAGGGGGUCUCAACAGAACCGAGCCAGGUGAUCCGAGGCAGCAGCGUGUUUCCUGGAUUCAGGACUUUCGGGUACUCUCUGGCUGCAGGUCUGGAUGUUGAUGAGAACAAAUAUCCAGACCUGCUGGUUGGCUCUCUGGAUGACACUGUUGCUCUCCUCAGGUCCCGUCCAGUCGUUCAGCUGAGUAAAACGCUCGGAGUUUCUCCUGUCAUCGUGGACCCAAACAGCUGUGACUUCUGUAUCCAGGUGGAGGUGUGUUUCUCCUACAUGUUCAACAUUGGAGAGAAAAGUAAAAGUGACAACAUCACUGUCCACUUCACCGUGACCGCUGAUGUCACCAGCCUCAAGCCCCGCCUCCAUUUCCACCACAACAGAAAUGCCGUGUACUCCAGUUUCCUGUCAUUGCCCAAACAAAAGUGUGAAACUCUGAGGGUCGGGCUGCUGAGAUCGAUUCAGAACAAAGUGGAACCUCUGGUAUUCUCUCUGAAUGCCUCCUUGUGGGCGGAGCUUCCGGAGAGAGGAAACGAUGUCAGAGACCUGAGACACCUCCCUGUUCUCAACCAGACACCCCGACCCAUCAGAACCCAGAUCCACAUCCAGAAAGCCUGUGGUUCUGAUCAGCGUUGCCAUAGUAACCUUCAGAUGUCGGCCCGGUUCAUGGAUGAGAACCAGAAUCCGUUCAGGAGGCUGAGCGGCGACCCGGUGUUGGAUUACACCAGCAGCAUCCGGUGGUUCCUUCUGGAGGUGAACGUCACCAACUGUCCGUCAGCGGAUCGUCUGGCUGAAGACGCUCACAGCGCCGUGCUGAACCUCAGCAUCCCGCCAGAGCUCACCUACUCCGGGGUCGCACCAAAGGCUGACGGCUCUUCGGUCCAGUGUUCUGUUGAGGACGUCUUUCUUCUGUGCCAGCUGGGGAACCCAUUCAGGAGCCACCAGAAGGAUCGGGUUCUGAUCAAAUUUCAGCCGUCUGAGAACAUUCUGGACACCAAGGAGAUCCGGUCUCAGCUGCAGCUGUCCACGCUCAGUGAGCAGUCCGACCUGUCUCCGUUGUCUGUCUCCCUGUUGGUGGAACAUUCCCUGCCGGCGUCUCUCGUUCUAAUCGGAACACCGGACCCCAUCUUCUUUGGCGGUCAUGUGAUCGGUGAGGAGGCCAUGACGAAGACUGAGGACAUCGGCAGCCUGGUGGUCUUCACCCUCCAGGUGCACGCUGACAGGAAGUCCCUGCAUCACCUCGAGAACCUGGAAGUGGAAUUUGAUUGGCCGAAGGAGGUUUCAAAUGGGAAGUGGCUUCUGUAUCUCGCAGAGAUCCAGUUCGACGGCACCUCCAAUCCUCGCUGCACUCAUACCCAGAUCAACUCCCUCAAUCUCCAGACGUCAAAUGAGGAGAAGAGGAAGAGGAGGAGGAGCCUGAUGGAAGGAGAGGAAGAAAAGAAGAAACUGGAAGGAAGACCACUUCCUGUCUUCAGCAUGCGGGGAAAGAAGUCCUACAAACUGAGCUGCAGCAGCGGGGCCAAAUGUGUGAAAGUCUCCUGUCCUCUGCUGAACACUAACAACUCUGUGACCCUGACAGUCAGGAGCCGACUGUGGAACUCCACCAUGAUCGAGGAGUAUAGUGAUGCCAGGAGUGUGUUGGUUCGAGUCCAGGCCUCUCUGAAGUUGAAGACCAGCAGGUCCACCAUCAAAAUGAUGUCUGCCCCCUCAGAAAUAGAGGUCUACAUUUACCCAGACUCUGCCCUCCAGAUGAAUUCUAGAAUCCCCUUGUGGAUCAUUGUGGUGUCAGUCCUGGCCGGUUUUCUGCUUCUGGCUCUGAUCUGCCUGCUGCUCUGGAAGUGUCAGUUCUUCAUGCGUCAGGAGGCGUGGCAGAGGGCGGUGCUCUAUGAGGGGAGGAUUAUGGGUAAAAAUGAGAGGCAUCAGCCGCAGCAGGUGGAUGAUGAUGGUUUUCUCAUCCAGGAUCAGGUGUCUUUGUCCCAAAACAGGAAGUCACAAAAACACUGGGUCACCUUUUGGAUGGAGACUCACUGA